UAAACACGAAAAGGACGUGUUUAGCUCCUAUUCUCGUCUGCAAGAUUAAAAUGGACCAAAAAUGGCUUCUGAUUCUGGUGAUUGUGGUGUCUUAUCAGAAAUUCACUUCAGGAACUUUCAAAGUCCAAAGAGCAAAGGAAGGGGAUAGGAUUGAUAUCAGCUGUACACCUAAAAACACAACGGGGGCCAGCAUGAUUGUCUGGUUUCGAGUUCUAAGCAAUCACAUGGAAUUCAUUGGGUCUUUCAGCAAAACUGGCUUAAAAAAGGCAUCAGCAACAAACUUUGAUGAGCUCUACACUUACACAAAUAAUCGUCUAUCACUGAAGUCCUUCAAAAAAACCGACGCUGGCCUAUAUGGCUGUGCGUCACUUAUCCAAGGUAAUACAUUGGUGUUUGGAGAAAUAACACAAAUAUCUGCAGAUAAAACUGAAGAUAAAACUGAAGCACCACCAACAUGCACCACCAAACCGAGUGUGCCCAAAAUUGUAACCUGUGAUUGUGAAGGCAAGACAGCAGGAGGCAAGUGUUCCAAAUCUCCAAUAAUGUUGGGAGCUCUUGCUGGUGGCUGUGGCCUUUUUCUUCUGCUCCUCAUCGUCACCAUAUUGUACUGCAAUCGGAUAAGGACACGGAGAUGCCCACACCAUCACAAAAGAAGACCUCGAACGGCGCCUCCUGCAAAAGAAGUGAUGCCCGGCAGAUAUGUUUAAUCUAAAUGGUGAAAUGUG